CCAUGGCUUCACUGUGGUCCGCUCCGCCCUGCAGCCCGGACUCGGGGCCGGAGCACUAGAGGAGGAGGAGGAGGAGGAGGAGGAGGAAGGCGAGCGCGGGCGGCGGCAUGGGGGAGAAGGCGGGAACCAGGGUUUUCAAGAAGUCCAGCCCCAAUUGCAAACUCACCGUCUACCUGGGCAAGAGGGACUUUGUGGACCACCUGGACAGAGUGGACCCCGUAGAUGGUGUCGUUCUGGUGGACCCCGAAUACCUCAAGGACCGGAAGGUCUUUGUGACGCUGACCUGCGCCUUCCGCUACGGCCGCGAGGACCUGGACGUCCUGGGCCUCUCAUUCCGCAAGGACCUCUUCCUGGCCUCCUGGCAGGCCUUCCCGCCCCCCGAGGAGACCGCCGAGCCCCUCACCCGCCUGCAGGAGCGGCUGCUGCGGAAACUGGGGGCCAACGCCCACCCCUUCAGCUUCAUAAUCCCACAGAACCUGCCCUGCUCUGUGACGCUGCAGCCGGGUCCAGAGGACACAGGAAAAGCUUGCGGCGUCGAUUUUGAGAUCCGGGCUUUUUGUGCCAAAAUUCAAGAUGAGAAGAUUCACAAAAGGAAUUCCGUCCGCCUGGUCAUCCGGAAAGUGCAAUAUGCCCCGGAGAAGCCCGGCCCCCAGCCCAUGGCCGAGACCACACGCCACUUCCUCAUGUCCGACCGCUCCUUGCACCUUGAGGCUUCGCUUGACAAGGAGCUUUACUAUCACGGAGAGCCCAUCAGCGUCAACGUUCACGUCACAAACAACUCCAGCAAAAGUGUCAAGAAAGUCAAGGUGUCCGUGCGGCAAUACGCGGACAUCUGCCUCUUCAGCACAGCCCAGUACAAGUGCCCCGUGGCCCAAAUCGAACAGGACGACCAAGUGGCGCCCAGCUCCACCUUCUGCAAGGUCUACACCCUGACGCCGCUGCUGAGCAACAACCGGGAGAAGCGGGGCCUGGCGCUGGACGGGAAGCUCAAGCACGAAGACACCAACCUGGCCUCCUCCACCAUUGUGAAGGAGGGUGCCAACAAGGAGGUCCUGGGCAUCCUGGUCUCCUACCGGGUCAAGGUCAAGCUGGUGGUGUCCCGGGGAGGGGAUGUUUCUGUGGAGCUGCCUUUCGUCCUCAUGCACCCCAAGCCGCCCGACCAGGCCUCGCCCUCCUUGCAGCCUCAGCUGGCCGCCCCCGAGACGGACGCCCCCGUCGACACCAACCUCAUCGAGUUCGAAACCAACUACGGGCAGGACGACGACAUUGUGUUUGAAGACUUUGCCCGCCUGCGCCUGAAGGGGCUGAAGGACGACAAGGAAGAUGACGACCAUUUUUGCUAGGGAGGGAGGAACACCCCCCCCCUCGCCACCACAGGUCCAGCCAAGUUGGGGGGGGGCGGAGAGAGAGGAAAGAGCCGAGAAAUGGCCCCCACCCCGUCCGAAUGUCGCCUCAUCCUCUACUCCCCCCUCCUUCCUCAUAGGAGCCAUCACCCCCCCUGCCUCGUGUCUUCAUGCUGUAUUUGGGGGGGGGGCUUUUAAUGUGACUAAAAAUGGAGGGGGGAGGGCCGCCACCCCCCCAGCUUUUAAUCUUUAUCUGCUGCUGCGUAUCUUCUCCACAGAUGGAUUUUAACGCCACCGUCCUCGUCCAUCCCCCUCUCCCAAAUUUUUGUCUAACGCACUGGAACAUUUAUUGGGCAUUAUCGUCUGACUGUCGUAUCCCCCCCCCAAAGCACCACGUUGUGUGUGUCUAAUCUCUCUGGGCAACCCCCCCUCCCCACCUGCUCUUUAUAUAAAUGUCUUAUUUUUAAAUGCUGUUUUAACUGGUUAGGGAAAACAAUUGGUCAGUUGAACUUUCUCCUCUUUCCCUUUUAAAAAAAUCAAUGGGGGCUGGGAGGCCUAUUCUGUCUGUCUCCCCCCCCCCUCUUUUUCAAAAAAGCCCCCCCCCCCGGAGAUGUGCCUCUGCUGGCCAAGGGGGUGUGAGCUGAGCCCGUCUGCCUGGGAUUGGGGACCCCUCCCCAUGCCCCCAAAUGCCGAAGGGGGCAGGUGUGUGCCAACGUCUCUGUGCUUUGUGCCCAGUCGCCCCCCCAAAAAAACCCCUUGCAGGGCUGCCCCCCUGUACAAACAGGUGCAGGGCAGGCAAUGCGUGUAAAAAGGAAUUUUAAAAAGGCCAUUAUUGUUUCCUACAUUGUCUGAGCAGAGAGCAACAAAUGAAAAUUAAAAAACGGUUAACAGAU